GUAUGCAUAAAAGUCCAUUGUUUCAAGCAAUACUCUCAAGUCUAAAGAAGAAUAAAAAAAAUGGAUGAAGAAGUUGAGAACAAAGUGAUACUCCAUGGAUCAUUCGCGAGUCCUUACAGCAAAAGGAUUGAGUUAGCCCUAAGGCUUAAAUCCAUACCUUACCAAUUCGUGCAAGAAGAUCUCCAGAACAAGAGCCAAACCCUGCUCCGGUAUAACCCGGUUCACAAGAAGAUCCCGGUUCUUGUCCACAACGGUAAACCCAUCUCUGAGUCCUUGUUUAUCAUUGAAUACAUCGACGAAACGUGGAGUAACGGUCCACAUAUUUUGCCAGAAGACCCUUAUAGAAGAUCUAAAGUCCGGUUUUGGGCUAACUACAUCCAAUUACAUCUUUACGAUUUGGUGAUAAAAGUGGUGAAAAGCGAAGGAGAAGAGCAAAAGAAAGCUCUCACAGAAGUAAAGGAGAAGCUGAGCGUUAUAGAGAAAGAAGGGCUUAAGGAGAUUUUCUCUGACACUGAUGGUGAACCAACUGUGACGAACGAGACCAUGAGCCUCGUAGACAUUGUGAUGUGCACUUUGCUUAGCCCUUACAAGGCACACGAAGAAGUUUUGGGUCUGAAAAUUAUUGACCCAGAGAUAGUUCCUGGUGUCUACGGGUGGAUCAAUGCUAUAAACGAAACCAGCGUGGUCAAAGAUCUAAGUCCUCCUUAUGAACAAAUCCUAGAGAUUCUUCGGGCUUUCAGACAGAUGUCUCUCUCUCCCGUUCUUGAAACUUAUCAGUCAUAACUCUUAAGUUUUGGAUUGCUUGAUGCAAAGUUAUAAAAUUAUGUGCUCUGUUUUCAUAUGUUAUUCUCUGUUUUUGAUACCUUUCUAGUGGUCUUGCCUCAACAGACAACAUCAUCAAGCCCAAAAUAAAACGGAUUGAUUUCUACAAACAGUUUCUGUUGGGUUGUUGUUUGUCAUUACUAUCAACGGAAUCGAGCGAGUGAGACCCAAUAACGUUGAAGAAUUUUUGGGCCUAAAACUUAAAAGGC